AUGUCUUACGAAGAAGAUCCACUGCAGAAUUGCUCUUCAGAAUCAGAUGUUGAUGACAAAGAUCUUGUCCAUGAAUUUGUUAGCUGCGAUGGCCUCGACUGCCUCAUCAAGCUUGGCUCUGAGGCUGACCAGAACUACCAAAAUUAUAUCCUAAGAGCUAUUGGUCAGAUCAUGCUGUAUUUGGAUGGUAUGAACGGAGUGAUUGAACACAAUGAAACAAUAAAAUGGCUAUACUCGUUACUCGAUAUACAGCAUCGUCUUGUGACCAAGUCAGCUCUAAAGCUCCUUCUUGUGUUUGUGGAAUACACGGAAACCAAUGCCCAACUUCUACUGCAGUCCACAAAGGAGGUGGAUGGGAAGAAUCAUAACAAGGCAUGGCACAAUCUAAUGGAGCUUCUAAAGGAUGAAGGGCAGGAUGCUGAAAUCAUGACCUAUGUUAUGACCCUCUUUAAUAAGACUCUCAAUGCCAUCCCAGAUCAGGACUCCUUCUAUGACAUCACAGAUGGCUUAGAGGUUCAAGGUAUGGAACAGGUUACACAGAGGCUAACGGGACGGUCUGGAACGGAUCUAGACCUGAUGGAGCAGAUUCGCAUCUAUGAGUUUGCUCUCAAGCAUGAAGACGGUGAAGAGGACAUCCCGAUGCAACAGAAGCAAAGCUUACGCAAGGCACGGCGGAGCAUGGACCCUGCCACAGACCGGAAGAGCAUGAGGUCACUUCGGACCACGCCCGAAUGGGGCAACGAUGUCAACAAGAGGGUUUCUCUGGACCCUAAGCUGCGUAGUACGCCGGAGGAGACGUCAUCGAAUAGCGGGAGCGAGGAUUGUCUGUCGGCACAGAGGAGGAGAAGGGAAAGGAGAAGAGGGCUGUCAGCGCAGAAUUAUGACGAAGGGACCACACCCACCUCAUCACAGAACGGCAACGAAAGCGACAUGAUGAUGACAUUAGAAGAGAGGAGGCAGAGGAUACGAGAGAGGAACAAUGCCAUGAACUCUGACAGCACCCCAAGUACUCCUAGUGGGGACCAGAAUGCUGCACCCAAAAAGCGACACAAGCUAUCCAUCCGAGCUGUUGUAAAAGAAGAGAGCACGGCCGAUAUCCUCGGCGCCUCCCCUCAAACCCCCCAAACAGAUCCUCUUAGAAAUGAAAAGAAUCAGUCGUCAGAAUCUUCAACCAACCAAUCAUCAUCUCGCAAUGACAGCAAUGCUAAUGAUGAUUGUGAUUUUGUUAUGCGUGGACCAAUGUCACCUUCUGUCGUCUUGGCAACAAGUUCAACAGAUGGCCACGCUUCCAAACCGCCAUGGUCACCCGAUGACCAGCAUAUUACCCAGAAUGCAGUAGAGCACGUAGAGAGCAUGGAAGGGGAGAGUCAGGAAAAGGGAACUGAUCACCAGAAGUGUGAUCCUGGUAGUUGUCAUGGCAACAAAGAAAAUAAAGAAGAUAGUCCUAAAGAGGAUGAAGAUAAUCUUGAGCAGGAUUCAUCUGAUGAUGAUCAUAAGGAUGAAGUUACGCAUCCUCUUCAUGAAGAGGGAGAAGAUAAUAAAGAUAAAGUUGAAGAGGCAGAUGAUGUUGAAGAGGAGUACAAUGAUGACAGUGAAGAUGAUGAUGAAGAUGACAAAACUGAAGACCAAAAUAUUGAUGCAGAGAGAGGAAUUAAAGAUGAAGAUGGAGAAAUUAAUGUAGAUCAGGAGGAAUCCCCACUGGAAGAUAUAAGUUGCCAUGACAACCCAAAGGAUGACAGCUCUGGUGGAGAUCGUCUGAGGCCGGUGAUGAAGGCGGAAUCAGGCAAAGAGAAUGGGGAGGAUGAGAACCAUGGAACCUGGCCCUCCCCUGCAAGGAGGCGGAAACAGUACGAGAGGAAUGCACAGAAUCCACGGCAGAAGAAGAAGGAUGAGGACGAUGGGGAUGACAUCAUGGCGUUGCUCCGAGGAGGGUCAUCGUCGGGGCCGAAAAAUGAGGAUACAAACUCUAGAGGAUCGGUUGAGAAUGGCAGUGAACUGAACCACUCAGUGGUGGUUACAAGGACUCGUAAGGCUGCUAAACCUGAAGAAACAAAAGAACUAGAGGAUCCAAAGCAAACAUCUGGUAGACCAAGAGAAACGGACAGUCCUGCUAAUGAAAGGGUAGAAGAGAAAGCUGCCGAAAUGACGGAGGAUGCAGCAAGCAUUACUUUGAAGAGACCAACGAAUGAACAGAAUGUUGAUGCUGCUGGAAAGGAUAUAGAGAUGAGGAAUGUAGAAAAAGAGAAUGAGACCAAAGUGGAGAAGAGUAAUGGUUCUAAAGGGGGAUCGUCAAAGAAGCCUGUUGAGAGGCGAAGAAGCAUCAAGGCCAUGGUGAGCAUCACUAAGGAGGAAGAACAGAUUGUGGAGGAAACCAAUGAUAUCAAACCUGAUGAAACAAGUGACAAAUCUGCUGAAGAAUCAAGGAAGGAUGAGACUAAACAGAAGGAGAAUCUAAAAGACCAAACCAAUGAUGGGCUGAAGCUUAAUGGCGAGGUUAAGAAGAAAAACAAGUUGAAUAGGGAGGAUGGUAAAGAGAAAGGGCAGGAGAAUGACAAGAUUGAGAAUGGAAGCCUCAAAGGCAAAGGAAGGGGAAGGUCGCAGAGAACCAUGAAUAAUAAAAUAUUUGCCAAUGAGAAGGAAGAUGACUUGAUGACGCUGCUGACAGGAGGUGUUUCAUUACCAAGGAACUUCAAGACCAAAGAUCACAAACACAGGUGUCCCGGGGAACACACGAAAAAUGGGACGAUGGAGCGUAAGAAUGGAAAGGGAGGAGAGAAGAAGAAAGGGAAGGAUGAGACUGAUUUUGGCACUUGGCCAAGGAAGAAGAAAAAAGAUGUUGAAGAGAAGAAGAUUGAUAAAGAGGAAGACAUCAUGGCAUUCUUGAAGGGUGGCUUGGAUGCUACAAGCGAUGCAGAAGAGGAGGAAGAAGAAGAAGUGAAGGGACACAUCUGUGAAAUCUGUGGACAGAACCUUGAUGAGAUGUAUGAUGAAGAGGAGGAAGAAGAGGAGAAUGCGGAAGAGGUGGGAGAGGGAGAGGAGGAGGAAGAAGAAGAAGAGGAGGAAGAAGAAGAAGAGGAGGAAGAAGACAAGAACAAGGAUGAGUACUCGACCAAAUGUGAAGAGACCCUUGAGGAAGUCGACAAGGAACCAGAGCUUUUCAGACGUCACACCCAGAAGAACAAAAACAUGGAUGAUCUGCUGAUGAUCCUUAGGAGUGGUAGCCAGAGUGGACCAACUCCAGAUGAGGAAGAUGAUGAGGAUGAGGAGGAGGAUGAAGGAGAUGAGACCUCAACCUCUGAAGAAGAUGUUACUGUCAAGGAAAAGCCUAAAAGUUUGUGGGGAAUGUCAAGUGAGAAUAUCAAUUCUGACUCAUCAUCCAUUCUCUAUGGAGAUACUAGUGCUGACAAAUGGGCUCGCCUGGCUAACCCUGAACCCAUCUUGCGGAGGACACAUUGGGGUCUGCUGCCCUCUACAUGGAUCCCUUACUGCCCGGGAGAGCUAGCCAGUUCCCCAUAUGCCACACUCCCAAGACAGAAGCACCCUGUAACCACCAGGAGCUCAUCCGUUACCUCCAAGCCCCCUACAGGGGUAACCUCUACACCCCCAUCUACCUCUUACACUUCCUCCACCACCCCUCGCUCCAGCUCCAGGGGUACGGAGAGGAGUUACGGUGAUGGGAGGACAGAUAGUUCUACCAGAAACAGGAGCUCGGAGAAUAGUUAUACCGAUAGGCGGGCAGAGAGGGGUACAGACAGGGGGACGGAUAGGGAUAAAUACAGCUCCAGUUCAACAAGUGACUCCUCCUAUUCCCGAUCAAACCGUGAAUACCGUCGUUCGUCGUCGUCGUACGAGCCUUCUUCAAGGAAGAGCAGUGUAUCAUCCCGACCUGCCGAACCUUCAAUCGAUGAAGACAGGACGAGUAGUUACACGCCGUACUCGAGCAGCCGAGAUUCGGUGCGACGUUCAGCGUCCACCGAUCAGCCGUCAUCUUCCUAUUCCUCGUACAGGAGUGACAGGCUAUCGAGAUUGGGAGACACUACAUCCGUGGUCAGUGUACCACGAUCCCCCACUUCCCCCUCCUCCCCCUCGUCAUCGUAUAGCCAAAACGUCACUCCUCGAUCGUACCGUCGCUCGACCUCCAUCGAGUCUGUCAAGUCGCCGACAACGAAGUCCCCUACGACAACCAAGAAGGAACCUGAGAAUGAUAUAAUGGCCCUCCUUUCAUCAGGCGAUGCAUCUAAAGACAGGAGCUCAACUACCAGCAGCACAGCCUCUUCAUCUUCUAAACAGUCAAGUACAAUAAUUAAGCCCUCGUGGCAAUUUGAUGAAGGCUACGACACGCUUCCUUCAACAUCAUCCUCAAACUCAAAGUCUAAAACAGACGAUGAACUUUGGGAGAAGUAUAACAGUGAUUCUUAUGCUCAGAAGAGGAAAGAACGACGAGAACAAUUGAGAAAAUAUCUUGAAGAGGACACGCCCCUCAUACCAUCAAGGUUAGAACGGUCUUCAUCAACAAUGUCCACAGACUCCACAGAAAGUUCAAGAACAUCUUCAUCAAGGAGAACAGACACAACGCCCAGUACAUCAAUGGAUGUCUCAUCUGGAAGUGUAUCGUAUAGAAGGAGACGGAAUAGAGAUACAGAUAAUGAAUCUAUUGCAUCCACAGACACAACUGAAACCAAGAAAGAAGAGUUAACCAUGUCUUCCUAUGUUCCAAGGUCAAGAAGGAGACAUGAAGCUGUUGAAGAGAAACCCGCUGAAGAAAAAUCGGCCGAAAACAGCACAUCUUUGAGCAUGCCGUAUAGAAGCAGGAGACGACGAAUGCUUGAUGAUACAACUAAAACGACUACCAAUCAGGAAUCAUCAAGUACGAAAUCCUCUGAGAGAAGGCCGAGAGACAGGACGACAUCUGAGUCUUCAGAUAAAACCACUGAAAGCAAGGACUUAAAGAAACCUGAUUAUCUUACAAAUGGCAUCGCUGCACGUAGGAGCAGACAAGCAGAAGAAAAGAAGGAAAAUAAAACGGAGAAGACGUCAACAGUAAACGAAGUGAAGGCAUCCACUCCGCAAACAAAGAAAGAUACUGACACCAGAUCGGCUAAUCUUAUAUUAGAUCAGUUGAGAGGCGGUGAUGUCAAAGCCAAACCAGUUGAAAAUGGUGAUAUUUCUGCAAUCUCAAACACUGAUGAUGAAACAUCAAGUAGAUACAGAUGGAGAAGAGAGAAGGAAGCUGACAAGAAGGAGAAACCAGAAGAAACCAAGGUGGUGAAUGGUGAAACAUCUUCAGUGCGUAAACCAAAUGAAGGCGUAGAAACCAAGAAGAAAGAUGAGAUCAGGGAACCAGUCCAAGACAAACCAGCAGACACCAAAGAUGAGGAGAAGAAACUCAAUCAAAAUAUAAAGAGAGCUUUUAUUGUGAAAAAACCUCAAAUCCAGAUAGAAGAAACAGAGGAGAAGAAAAAGGAAGAAACUUCAGAAAAUGAAAAGAACAAGGAACCUAGUGAAGAGGAGACAGAGGAAGUAGUUGUGCCUUUGAAACCAGUUGUAACAGAUACUAAAUCUGCUGUCACAACUACAGACGAAAAUGAACAAGCACCAAAAGAGAUUGUUGAAAAUGGAAAGGCCCAGACUGAUCCGUCAGAUCGCGGGAAUUUAUUGUCCGUGACGACCAGUGAUCAGGAAGAGAAUGGUUCAUCGGGUAAGGUGUCACGGAAGGUAUCGACUACCUUGCAGAAUGUGAAAAAAUUGGAAGAGCGCAAGGUAGAACUUCAGGAAGUGAAAGAGAAAGAGGAGGAGGAGAAAAAGAAGUUGCAAGAGGACAAGGAAAUCUUGAACAAUAGCGGUGCUGUUCAGUCUAUGCAUAAACAGUUACAACAGCAACAGGAAAAAUCUGAGGAUCAGAAGGAGAAGACAGGGCCACGUGGUGAUGUUAGUGGGAAGAUCAGUCAAGCCAUUGAGGGUAUCAAGGUCAGUAAUGUUGCUCCGAAGCAACCGGAACCUGUAGAGCCCAAGGAGGAUGAGAGCAAGAAGGAAGAAGAAGCUUGGGAGGAGGUUCUGAAGCUUAACGAUCGCGAGCUGCGGGUUAACAAAUGGGACUUCACCGAUCUGGGUCGGGAUGAUGACAAAGAUGUCCUCAAGCCGAUCCCGUUGAUGAUGGGUAUUGUACCUUACAUGACUGCCGCUGAUGGGGCGCCGCCACCACCACCACCUGUUCCUGGUCUAGGUGGACCCCCUCCACCGCCCCCUGUCCCUGGUGCUCCGCCUCCACCUCCCGCCAUUGGGGGGCCAGGGGCGCCUCCACCACCACCACCAGUCAUCGGCAGCAACACCUUCCCCAAAUCAAAGAAGAAGAAGACCGUCCGCCUCUUCUGGAAAGAGACCCAGCCAGAAACGAUGACUUUGGGAAGGAACGGUAUCAAAUCCACCAUUUGGACUCAGCUGGAUGAUGUCAACCUCGACGGUAAAAAGCUAGAACAUCUCUUUGAGUACAGAGGAAAAGAUCUCAUUACAAAGAAAGCGAUGGAGGCAAACAAGAAGAACUUCAUCACGGUGCUAGAUCCGAAGAAAUCCAACGCAAUCAACAUCGGACUAACUGUACUCCCACAACCACGGUCCAUCAAACAAGCUAUCUUGAAUAUGGAUAGCAUGGUGAUGAACAAAGAGGGCGUGGAGAAACUGUUGAGUAUGGUACCAUCCGAAGAAGAGGUUGCUAGGAUACAGGAAGCCAUGGUAGCAAACCCUGAUGUGCCUUUAGGAUCAGCUGAGCAGUUCCUUCAUAUGUUAUCAACCAUCAGUGGUUUGGAAGCGAGACUCAAUCUAUGGCUCUUCAAAAUGGACUAUGAUAACAUGGAAGAGGAAGUUGCAGAACCAAUGGCUGACCUGAAGAAAGGCAUAGAAGACCUGAGAGAAUCCAAAACAUUCAAGAAGAUCUUAUCAACAUUGCUUGCCAUUGGAAACUUCUUGAACGGCGGAAGAGCUGCUGGUUUUAACCUAGAGUACUUGAGUAAGGUUCCUGAAGUCAAAGACACAGUCCACAAACAAUCGCUCCUUCAUCAUCUUUGUUCAACGGUCAUGGAACAGUUCCCGGAUAGCUCGGACUUCUUCUCAGAGGUUGGAACUAUCUCAAGAUGUGCAAAGGUUGACUUUGACCAACUAACAAUCAAUCUUGCCAAGUUAGAAGAACAGUGUAAGGUGUCAUGGGACCAUCUUCAAGUCAUUACGCAACAUGAGAAAACAUCACAGAAUAAAAACAAGUUACAUGAUUUUCUACAAGAUUGUGCCAAGAGAAUUAUAGUACUCAAGAUAGUUCACAGAAGAGUGAGCAAUAGAUUUAACAAGUUCUUAUUGUACCUGGGUAUGAGUACGAGUGCAGCCAGGGAGGUCAAGAUUAGUGAUUUCUGUCGUAUCAUUAGUGAGUUUGCUCUGGAGUAUCGUAGCGCUAGGGAACGCAUCAUAGAACAAGAGAAGAAGAAAGCCAACCAUCGGAAGAGGAACAAGACAAGGGGCAAGAUGAUCACAGAGAACUUUUCAAUUAGUAAAGACAGUGCAGAGGAUGCCAAGUUAAAGGAACUACUUAGCACCCAGCAAGGAACAGCGCCGGGUGAUGAGACGUUACAGAGCAGACAACGAGCUAGACCUUCAAUGAGCGGCCGUCUGAACAUGAGCAUGACGGCCGAUGAAGAAGUGGCCGAUGAACAAACUGACGAAAUGAUCCAAAUUCUUGUCAACACAGCCAAAAAUACCAGCUCACGAUCGGCCCCGCGAGAGCGUAAACGCACUCGCAACACCAACCGGAAAUCUCUCAGGAGAACAUUGAAGAGUGGAUUGACAGACGCGGAGAGACAAGCAUUGGGUCUCUUACACGCCAAGUCCUCGGAAGUCCACGUAUGAUGACCAACUGCCUCUGUUCCUAUGCUAAAGACUGGUAUACCCCCUUCUAUCCACUGCCGAUAGCACAUUGCAUUAUUGGAGAAAGACCUUGGGCGCGUUUCAUCAACAUUUUCAUCCAACAAGUUGUCAAAUCUGACAUCUUUCCCUGAUGUUGAUUGGCUGAGAGGCACUGUUAUUAUGGUAACUGUCGGAUAAAAUGGGACUUGUCAGAUAAAAAGUCCAACAAGUCCUCUUUCAUGAAAUGCCGGUUUGACUGUGAGAUGAGGUUGUUGAGUGCAUUAUAGGUCACACGCACCAGAUUCUUCAAGUUUGCAUUAUCAUCUUCUCAAUGUCUGUUCGGGCCAGAAGGCUGUUAAUCAGUCACCUAAUGUAACUAUGUGGUCCCUGUGCAAAGUCUGUGGAAAUUAUGGAAUUCCAGUCGUCGGGUUAAUAUCUCAGAUGUGCCCUUCGAAUACUGGGCUUUGUGAAUAUGUCUUUAUCCGGGGACCAUAGAGUAUGGAUUAAAAUCCCUACAGGUUCCAUAGGGAUAAUCUUGUUGCAACGACGCUCAGAAUCCUGAAAGAGAGGAUAUGAAAUGAUUGAAAUGCACUGCAGGAUCGCCUUGGGUGAUUCAAGUUUGGUGUUGGGUGUCAGUGUCAUUGUCAGAGCAUGAAUCAGGGUUGCGAACAACACUGACUGUGAUUCUGCAAGACUGAUACCAACCAUGCCAUUGAGAGCCGAACACCAAGUGACAUUGAUCCAAACACCAAACUCACCCAAGUUUGAUGUUAUGGUUAUUGCUGUAACAUCUUCUAACACUAACUCCAACUUUUAACACUAAACUUUAAAACACCCAGUGGAUAUUUCUUGUGCAUCUUAUACAUUUGUGUUAUGCUACCCAUUUGGUAAUGGGACUCCUACUCCGACAAUAAUAUUUAACUUAUCUUUUGAUGUAUGUAAAUAUUCAAAAGUUGUGCUCAACUAAUUAUUGCAAAGCUUUAUCCUAUGUCAAAGCUUUGCUGUUAACAUAUCAGGAUAAAUGUCCUUUUAUAAGAAAAUAUUGUAAUAUUGAGCUAUUUUUAAUCCAAAUAAACCGUUUCUCUGCUUGGAGAACAAUAAACGUGGCCUUAGAAGCAAUCUCUAUCAGUAUUUUCUUGAAUGAGGGCAAGUCAUAAUGUGAAAAUGUGUGAUGUGAUAUGAAGGGGGAUAUCAUGCUAUUGUGGCAUUAUAGAUACUGAAAUUGUUUUAUGCAAUCAUGUGAUUUGAUUAAGAGGAUAAUGGAUCAAAUCGCAAUGAUAAUCAUCACUUUGAUACCAGCUGAGAAUGCACAAAACUAACAAUGGAUAUUUAUGAAAGAAAAAAUAUUGUGAACCAGGAAGUUGAGCUUUCUUUUCAUCUAUUAUUUGGAAAAAUUGUGAUGUUUCAUUGUCUUUAUUUCACAAAGAGUUUUAUAUUUGCAAGUGGGUAUAGUGGGUGGAAGAAGUAGUGUGCAAUUUUGGUGUUUACCUUGUUCAUUUUAAUGUGUGUGUCUGUCUCAUUUGAAUUUACAAAUCAGAGAUAUUUUGUACAUUUUAAAGAUAUGUUAAUCAUCCUCUCUGCCAUGCCCUAUAUGAUUAUGCUUGAGAAGCAAGGAAUCGAUACUGAUUAAAAUAGAACCUAUAUGUUCUUGCUCUUCGGCAGGAGUAUUCAAACAGAAUUAUGAUAAAAACCAUCAGUGGUAAAAUUUUCAUAGUAUCGUAGAUGCAUUUUAUUCUGAAAUUGAAAAGAAAAAUAAAUUUUACAGAAAAUUACAUAUAUAGAUCUGCCACAAGUUGUAUUCUGAGGGUUGUCUGAAUGUAUCUGUUGAAGAAAAAGGAGAAAAUUAUUAAUAUCAUUUUGAAAUAUCAUCAUAUAUUUAAGACCUUUCCAGUGCAGUUUGAAAGUUGAAUGAUCUAUAGUUUGACUUAAAUUUUUUCUGGAAUUCAUUUUUGUUUUCUUUCUGUGCGUAAUUGCACAAAUUAAAAACAGUAAAACAUAUAAGAAAUAUUGAAUAAAAAGUUUGAAAAGAAAUAGAAUGACAAAAAAAAUUGAUGAAUUCUAUUGUCAUAAAUAUGUUGAUAAAAUAUACUGUUUUUCUAUGCAAGAAAAUUAUUGAAAUUUGUCUAUAGAGUUCUGUUCUUCUGUUAUUCAUAUCAAAAAUAAAUAUUCAAAAGCAUGGGUUGUAUAUUUUCUACUUCGAAAUGAAUUUAUAAAUGUGAUUGUAAAGAGAUUUCUUUUUUGUAAUGUAAAUUAUUGUACUUACGAUAUUUUAUCUCAUCUUUGCAUUGCUUAGAAGGAUUUUACCUAAUUGCAAAAUUUGCUGAAAUCCGGAAAUGUUGUCAAUAAAAGACCCAUGUGGUUGUGGCUUUCAAAGAAGGAAAGGAGGGAGAAUAAGAAGUAGGAAUUCAUCAUAAAGGUCUACAAUUCAUGAUUUUGUGUUUAUGUAACUCUUGUUACUAUCUUAUCUCGUGUUGUUAUGAUGAAACUCAUUGCUAUUUAAGAUGAUGUGGCAUUUGUAAUGAUUUUACUUCCAUAUAUUCAUUACUGACUUUUAUAGCAAUUAACUAUAUGCAAUUGAUGAAAUUUACAAUUUAAAUCAACUACAUCCCACUUUUCUUUUUUUGGUAUCAAGUUCUUAUCAACUACAUAUCGAUAUCAAUUUUAGCAGGGUGUUAAUUAAGCAAAACAAUUGUGAAUUGAAGAAAAUUCUCAGAAGUAAGAUAUCACUUCUUUACUUUUACCAAUUACCAUCACAUCAUCAUGAAUGGGAAUGACUAAACAAACUUUCAAAGAUUUCAUCAUCAAAUAUAAUAAUAUGAUAGCGUUGGAAGUAUCGUGCUCAAAACAUGAAUGGUAGAUCUUUUUAGAAGGAUUUAUCUACAUCUCUUGUAAAUGUUGAAAGUCUCUGAGUUUAAGGUGUGUUCUGAUUGGGUAUCAGUGUGUUGUCGUUUCUAUUAUUAUAUAUAAACAAAUCAGGAUGUUUUAUACAUUUAUGGAAUAUAUAUAUGUUAUUCAUUACAUGUAGAAAGCUUGCCUUAAAUACAUUUUGCAGGUGAUAAUGGUUUUGUUUUGUCCAUGCAUGGCACAUACAUUGUUUUAUUUAGAUCUAUCAGAUGUUCUUUUUUUUUGUUUUGCAUUCCAUUUCAUUGUUCAGUACAUCUGAAAGAUUAGUUUUUACUCUUAAGUCACCCAUAUAGGAUUAAUUUGCUAGUACACUUCAUUUAUGAUACAAAAAUGAUUUUAUUGUAUUCAAUGAGAAAUACACAUAAACCAUCAUUGGCCUGCAUCCAUUUCAUCCUGUUUAUGACAACCGCUACUCUGCAUUUUACCAUCAAAGCUAAUUUCAUUUAAUUCAUACCAUGAAAACCAUUACAUGGCUCUAGCCUUUUGUGAUAGCCCAUGCCACAGAUCCCCAUAAGGUGAUGCUUCAAAAGUAUUGUCCUAUAAACAUGUAUUUGAUUAGCUGUACCUAGAUAGUUGCCAGAAAUGUUUUAUUUAUUUAUACUCCACGUGCAUGAACAAUUUCUUUCUUAGAGUACAAUUUUGUGUAGAUUGUGUGCAAUUUUGAUGUGCAAAACAUGUGCCUGCAAAUUUUUACUCUAUAUUUCAUAAUAAAAAAACCACAAUUCUAAGGGUUAAAACGGUCUUCUGUUAGUCCCAAUUUCUUUUGAUGCUUCUGGGGUUUCUUUCGCUUCAAGAUUGUAAUCUCCUAGACGCUCAUAUUUGUUAUUGUCACAAUCAUUUUGCAAAGAUGUAGAUGAAGAUGUCACAUUUUAGAAGAAAAACAUAUGAAUAAUAAUAAAAUAAAAAAAUGUGCUUCCAUUUUUUUCCUUGAAUAA